UGCCAUCGGUCGAUCUGUAUCGUGUCGGGAAAGCGCAUGGUGGACGUUGUAACUUUUCAAAUUGUGUCAUCAGUUAAUUCACGCACGAGGAAUUAGACGUCGAAACGUAACAAUAAUUUAUUGAUAAAAUGGUCGAUAUGAAAAGCGAGGAAAUCAACGGGGAGACCGAUGCCCCUCAAAAAAGUGCAAAACAGUUGCAAAAAGAAGCGAAGAAAUUGGCGAAACUCGAGAAGUUUAAGCAGAAGCAGGAAAAGAAAGAAAGCAGCGACAAGACACCAAAAGUGAAGGAAAAAAACGAAAAAAAUGAAAAGAAAAAGGAAUCCAAGGAAUCAAUUUUAUACACAAUAGAAACACCCGCAGGAGAAAAAAAGGAUGUUACGUGUACAAUGCCUGACACGUAUAGUCCAAAAUAUGUUGAAGCUGCAUGGUAUGCAUGGUGGGAGAAACAAGGCUUUUUCAAACCAGAAUAUGGGAGAAAAAGUAUAUCAGAGCCAAAUCCCAAGGGUAAAUUUAUUAUGGUGAUACCACCACCUAAUGUAACUGGUUAUCUUCAUCUUGGACACGCUUUAACUAACGCUGUAGAAGAUGCUAUUACAAGAUGGAAUCGUAUGAAAGGACGUACAACUCUGUGGAAUCCAGGUUGCGAUCACGCAGGUAUUGCCACUCAAGUGGUAGUUGAAAAGAAACUUUGGAAAGAGGAGAAAAAGUCUCGCUAUGAUGUUGGGAGGGAAAACUUUAUAGAAAAAGUUUGGAAAUGGAAAGAAGAGAAAGGUGAUAGAAUUUACUUGCAAUUACGAAAGUUAGGCAGCUCGUUGGAUUGGGAUCGUGCUUGUUUUACUAUGGAUCCAAAAUUAUGCUCUGCCGUUACGGAAGCGUUUAUAAGAUUGCACGACGAGGGUGCCAUUUACAGAAGUAAUCGUUUAGUCAAUUGGUCUUGUACCCUAAAAAGCGCUAUUUCUGAUAUAGAAGUUGACAAAGUUGAAUUGACUGGUCGCACGUUGCUUUCGAUUCCUGGAUACCAAGAAAAAGUAGAAUUUGGAGUUUUAGUGUUAUUUGCUUAUGAAGUAAUAGAUUCCGAAGAAAAAAUAACAGUAGCAACUACUCGUAUCGAAACUAUGCUAGGGGAUACAGCCAUUGCGGUGCAUCCGCAGGAUACUAGGUACAGUCAGUUCAUUGGAAAAUAUGUACAGCAUCCAUUUUGCAAUAGGAAAUUACCCAUUAUAGCUGAUGAAUAUGUUGAAAAGGAUUUUGGGACAGGCGCUGUAAAAAUUACACCAGCUCACGAUCCUAACGAUUAUGAAAUUGGAAAGAGACAUAAUUUACCAUUCAUUACUAUUUUCGAUGACAACGGGACCAUUAUCGGGGAUUACGGCCAAUUCACGGGGAUGAAACGAUUUCACGCCAGAGUGGCUAUAGUAAAAGAAUUAACGGCGAGAAACUUGUUUGUCGAGAUCAAGGACAAUCCUAUGGUGGUACCAAUGUGUAGCAGAUCUAAAGACGUUGUCGAACCAUUGUUGAAACCCCAAUGGUAUGUGAAGUGUAAUGAAAUGGCUGCGAAGGCAAUGGAGUCGGUGCAAAACGGCGAGUUAAAAAUCAUUCCAGAUCAAUAUAAGAAAAUUUGGUACCAUUGGAUGGAGAACAUAAAAGAUUGGUGCAUCUCGCGUCAAUUGUGGUGGGGUCAUCGUAUUCCCGCUUACUCCGUUAAAGUACUAGGUGCAACCGAAGAUAUCAAGCCAGAUGAUGAUUAUUGGGUAAGUGGGCAUUCGGAGAGCGAAGCUAAAGAAAAGGCAGCUAAACAAUUGGGUGUAGCCGUAGAUAAUAUCAUUGUUACUCAAGAUCCUGACGUAUUAGACACAUGGUUCUCCUCGGGGCUGUUUCCAUUCUCCAUAUUUGGCUGGCCAGAUGAAACAAAGGAGCUCGAUGCAUUUUAUCCUGGCACAUUAUUAGAAACUGGUCACGACAUACUAUUCUUCUGGGUGGCAAGGAUGGUAUUUCUCGGUCAAAAAUUAUUAGGAAAAUUACCGUUCAAAGAGGUAUAUCUGCAUGCAAUGGUACGAGAUGCGCACGGAAGGAAAAUGAGCAAGUCUCUAGGAAACGUCAUAGAUCCAAUGGACGUAAUCAGCGGUAUAACGUUGGAGGGUCUCCAUAACCAAUUAAUGGAGUCCAAUUUGGACUCGAAAGAGAUUCAACAGGCGAUCGAGGGACAAAAACGCGACUAUCCUCAAGGAAUUCCUGAAUGUGGUACCGACGCUUUAAGGUUCGCGCUGUGUGCUUACACGACGCAAGGUCGCGAUAUCAAUCUCGAUAUUCUUCGCGUGCAAGGAUAUCGUUUCUUUUGCAAUAAGAUUUGGAACGCAACAAAGUUCGCUUUCACGUAUCUUGAUUCUAACGUCGAUUACGAUGAUGCUCGACCGGUAAGACCGUUGGUACAUACAAACACGAUAAACGUACGCGACAUUGCAUUGUUUCUAUUAAAGAGAAAUUAUGACGUUCAGGGCGACGGUAAUACGUUGGAUGAUAACGAGUGGUACAAGAGUACCUUGAAAGAAACGUGCGUCCAGGAUGCGUUAAAUAAUUAUUUAAGCGAUUACUCGUAUUUGGAGGGAUACAGUCCAUCGCAAACCGACGCGAAAGUUUACCAAACUUUUGUCGAAUUGAAUGUUGACGUGACAAGCUAUCCUUACUUGCAUCGUUGGUACAAACACGUUGCGUCGUACAGCAAACAAGAACAAUCCGUAUUCCAGGCGGAACGAGGUAAAAUGUUGCUCGAAUGUGCCUGCAAAGUACACAAUAGCCGUAAUUAUAAGGAACAGUCGUUUGGCGCUGAGACGAAUGUUGAUUUAUGGAUGCUCUCUCGUGUAAGUUACGCUGUGCAGACCUGCGACGAUGCAAUGGCACAGUAUGAUUUCACUACAGCCACCACUGCUUGUUACAACCUUUGGUUGUACGAUUUGUGUGAUGUUUACUUGGAAUACUUGAAACCAGUAUUUCAGAGUGACGACAACGAGCGAAAGCUUGCUGCAAGAAGAACUUUAUUUAAGACGCUAGACGUAGGAUUAAGAUUAUUGGCUCCGUUUAUGCCGUUCAUUACAGAGGAACUUUAUCAACGUCUGCCGCGCAAAACACAAAUUUAUCCAAGUAUUUGCGUUAGUCCGUAUCCAGAACUUUCAGAGUGCCCUUGGAGAAAUCUAGAAAUAGAGAAAGACGUUGAUUUUGCUAAUAAAAUAAUAAAAAACGUACGGUCCGCGCGUGCGACUUACAAUUUACCAAAUAAAAUAAAAACUGAAGCGUUCCUUGUAUGCGGCGACGGGAAUCUGAAAGAGAAGCUUAUGAAGUAUCAGUUACACAUAGAAACCCUUGCUUAUUCUACGAUUAGUACAAACGAAGCACCAAAAGGAUGCGCUAUUAUUACUGUAACGGACAAAGUCCAAGUACAUCUAUUGUUAAAGGGUUUAAUCGAUCCAAACAAGGAAUUGGAGAAACUCGGUAAAAAGGAAGAGCAGUUGAUAGAUGUUAUAAAAAGACUAAAGCAAGCGAUGGAAGUUCCUGAUUAUAAUGUUAAAGUACCUUUGGACGUACAAAAUAGUAACAAAGAAAAGUUGUUAAACAGCGAGGGAGAGCUGCAACGAAUCGCCGAUGCAAUAGCGGCUUUACGAACACUGUAACACUUAGGCCACAGAAUUU